GUUUUAGUUUUAUGUGCUUCACUGUUUGCUCUUUCUGGCACACCAAUUCAUUUUCCAGCAGAGACCAUUGCGAGAUCGUAGGCUGGGAGGAUGACAGCUCAAGUGUAUUGCUUGUUUGGUUCUGUUUUAUUGUGUCUGUUUGGAACCUUGAACAUAACCGAUGCUACUCUAGAUUUGAGCCAUAUUGCCAAGCUGGUGAAGCUGACGGACUUGCUGUCCCAUCAAAGAUGUUCUUCUGAUCGUCGUGUUUCCAUGAAACCAGGUCAAUGUCCUGACCCAAAGAACAUUCCACUGUCUGCUAAAAACUGUGUCCAUGAUGGCCAGUGUCCUGCCACACAGAAAUGUUGCCCAACCACCAGUGGCCAUGGAUGCAGUGAACCAAGUGGCCAGGGAAGCUGUCAGGGCGCCGGUCAGGGAAACAGACAGGGCGCCGGACAGGGUGCCGGUCAGGGAAGCGGCCAGGGUCAGGGAAGCGGCCUGGGAAGCGGUCAGGGAAGCGGCCAGGGCCAGGGAAGCGGCCAGGGCACCGGCCAGGGCCAGGGCGCCGGCAAGGGAAGCUUACAGGGUGCCGGACAGGGAAGCGGACAGGGUGCCGGCCAGGGUCAGGGAAGCGGACAGGGUGCCGGCCAGGGUCAGGGAAGCGGACAGGGCGCCGGACAGGGUCAGGGAAGCGGCCUGGGAAGCGGACAGGGUGCCGGCCAGGGUCAGGGAAGCGGACAGGGCGCCGGACAGGGUCAGGGAAGCGGACAGGGCGCCGGACAGGGAAACGGACAGGGCGCCGGACAGGGAAGCGGACAGGGUGCCGGACAGGGCCAGGGAAGCGGACAGGGUGCGGGAAGCGGACAGGGUGCCGGUCAGGGAAGUGGACAGGGUGCCGGACAGGGUCAGGGAAGCGGCCUGGGAAGCGGACAGGGUGCCGGUCAGGGAAGCGGACAGGGCGCCGGUCAGGGAAGCGGACAGGGCGCCGGACAGGGUCAGGGAAGCGGCCUGGGAAGCGGACAGGGCGCCGGUCAGGGAAGCGGACAGGGCGCCGGUCAGGGAAGCGGACAGGGCGCCGGACAGGGAAGCGGACAGGGCGCCGGACAGGGAAGCGGACAGGGCGCCGGACAGGGUCAGGGAAGCGGACAGGGCGCCGGACAGGGUCAGGGAAGCGGACAGGGUGCCGGUCAGGGAAGCGGCCUGGGAAGCGGACAGGGUGCCGGUCAGGGAAGCGGACAGGGCGCCGGUCAGGGAAGCGGACAGGGUGCCGGUCAGGGAAGCGGCCUGGGAAGCGGACAGGGUGCCGGCCAGGGUCAGGGAAGCGGACAGGGUGCCGGCCAGGGUCAGGGAAGCGGACAGGGUGCCGGCCAGGGUCAGGGAAGCGGACAGGGCGCCGGUCAGGGAAGCGGACAGGGCGCCGGACAGGGUCAGGGAAGCGGCCUGGGAAGCGGACAGGGUGCCGGCCAGGGUCAGGGGAUGCUAAAUUAA